CUCAAAAAGAACGCAAAGAAAAGGAAAAUUCUCUUGUAGUUCAGAGAUCGAUCGAUCGAUCUCACCAAGAGAAAACUCACGGGGAAAGGGUAAUUCUAGGUAUUCAUCUGGCCUAUUUGUUCAACAGUCAUCCAUCUAGUGGGGGAUCUUCUCUGGUGGACUGUUACAGUGCUUGAGUUUAUAACAGAGACAUUGAUUUGUUAAAUGGAUGAUUUAGUGGAAAAAUCUCCUGCAGUUUCAUGCCAAAACACUGAAGUUUCUAAAAAGGCUGUGAAAGUGUGUCCAAUAAAUGUGUACAUAUGGGACAUGGAUGAGACACUUAUAUUGUUGAAAUCUUUAUUGGAUGGGACAUAUGCUGGGGUUUUUAACGGUUUAAAGGACACAAGAAAAGGGGUUGAAAUUGGGAAGCGUUGGGAGAACCACAUUAUUCAAGUUUGUGAUGAAUAUUUCUUUUAUGAAGAGAUUGAGAACUUCAAUGAGCCUUUUCUUAAUGCCUUAAGUGAAUAUGAUGAUGGAAGAGAUCUGUCAAAUUAUGAUUUCAACAAUGAUGGUUUUGGUGCUCAUUAUGAUGAUUCCAACAAAAGGAAACUUGCAUAUCGACAUCGUUCUAUUGCACAGAAGUAUGCGCAGGGCUUGCAGAAGGUUCUUGACCAAGAAAUGAUUAAACUCUGGAAUGAUCUAUACAAUUUGACAGAUAGUUAUACCGAUGGAUGGCUUUCUUCAGGACAUGCUCUUUUAGAGCAAACCUUGGGCAGAAACAGGAUCUUGGCUCCUGAGCUUGCAUCGUCUGAAACAGCAUCUGGAUCCAUGGAUACAAAAUGCCAAAACAUUAAUGUCUUAGUUACUUCAGGAUCAUUGAUUCCCAGUCUUGUUAAGUGUUUGCUCUACCGGUUGGACAAUGUGAUCUCACAUGAUAACGUUUACAGCUCAUGGGAAGUGGGCAAACUCCAGUGCUUCUCGUGGAUCAAGGAGCGUUUUGAUGGCCCAAAUGUCCAGUUCUGUGUGAUUGGAGAUGGGUUAGAAGAAUGUGAAGCUGCACAGAUAAUGAGAUGGCCAUUCAUUAAAAUAGAUUUCCGACCUGAUGGCCCUCAUAGAUUUCCAGGUCUAACUAUGAAAAUGGUUCAUAGUUAUAUUGAUGUGAUAUAUGGACCAGCACAUGCUGAAGCUGAAAAUGAUGAUGAAUGACAGCUAGAAAGCUGCCGCAUUAGUUGCAUCUGUGCUUGUUCUAUCAGCAGCUUGUGUGCCAACCAAUCUACUUCCACUUUUUUACUCCAAGCAGAAUCUCUUCGAAAGCUCUAAUGCUCUAUACAUGGGAAAAUAGAGCAUUAUGGGGUCCAGAGCUUUUCUGCUAAUCUUCACUGUUGGUGGUCCUUAACUGCUAUUUUAUGUCAUUUUGAUUGUUGAUCUGUGAUGUUCUUUUCCCCUUUUCCCACCAACAUUUGUAGCAGCAAGAAUAAUUAUGGGGCCAACAACUCUACUGCUUUGUAAACUGGUGCCUUUGUCUUCUUUCUAUGUGUAUUAUAUAUGUAUGUUUAUGGAAGGAUAUGUGUAAGUCUUAUACAAGCAAGCAAAUUUUGUUGUGACUUGUC